AUGGCGAAAUCAUCAAAACGCAGCAGCAACAGCGGUGGCAGCAGCACCCACUCGAAGAAGAAGAAGAAGAACAAGAAAUCAGGUCCCGAAGGCGUGGCCAUGAAAAUGAAGGCCAACAGCAACAAGAACAAUGGAGGCGCCGGGAGCAAUCCGUUCGAGUCGAUUUGGUCGCGACGGAAAUUCGACGUGCUGGGCCAGAAGCGGAAGGGCGAGGCCCGCCGGAUGGGCCUCGCUCGUUCUCUGGCGAUCCAGAAGCGGAACAACACUCUCCUGAAGGAGUACCAGCAGAGCGCCAAGUCCUCGCUCUUCGUCGACAAGCGAAUUGGAGAGAACGACCACGCGCUUGACGAGUUCGGGAAAGCUAUCUUGCGAUCCCAACGCGAACGCCAGUUGAACUUGAAGCUGAGCAAGAAAAGCAAGUAUCACUUGUCUGAUGGAGAGGAAGAUGACUUUGACGGAAUUGAUUCUCUUGGAAGAGAUGAUUUUGAGGAAGAGAUGCUUCCUGAUGAUGUUGAUGCUGAGAGUCAUGAGAAAUUAGAUUUGGUUCGGAGUAGCUUGCGCAUACCAGGGGAAAUCAAUGCAGUUGACAGGGAGGAAAAUGUAAGGCCUGUUGUACUAUCACUGUUGGGACACAAAACCAAAAAGGAAGUGAUGGAAGAAAUCAUCACAAAAAGCAAAUUUUACAGGGCUCAAAAAGCUAGAGAUAAGGAAGAAAAUGAACACUUGGUGGAAGAAUUGGACAAGGACUUCACUUCCUUGGUUCACUCUGAGGCCUUGUUAUCUUUGACUGAACCCAAUAAGAUGAAAGCUUUGAAGGCUCUAGUGAACUCAAAUGAACAAAGUAAUAAGGACCCCAUACCUGCCAGUCACACAAUGGAAAACACUUUGCAGGACAAACCUGAUGACUAUGACAAACUUGUCAAACAAAUGGGAUUGGAAAUGCGAGCUCGCCCUUCAGACAGGACAAAGGCACCAGAAGAGAUUGCUCAGGAGGAAAAAGACCGACUAGAGCAGUUGGAGGAAGAGCGGCAGAAGAGGAUGGUUGCUGCUGAAGAUUCAAGUGAUGAAGACAGUGAUGAUUCUGAAAAGCCAUCUGAACAGAAAUCAAGAUCUAUCUCUGGUGAUGAUCUAGGUGAUUCCUUCUCUGUCAAUGAACAGAUUAUGACUAAGAAGGGAUGGGUUGAUGAGAUUCUUGAAAGAAAAGAUGAGGAAGAUUCUGUUAGUGAAGAUGAUGAUGAUGAUGAUGAAAAUUCUGAUGAUUCUGGAAGCUCUGAAGAUGCUGAAGAAUCAAAUGGGGGACUUGAAGAUGAUGAGAAGAAUCUUUCAUUAAAAGAUUGGGAACAAAGUGAUGAUGAUGAUGAUUUUGGCGCAGAUUUAGAAGAUGGAAACGAAGAUGAUAGUGAUGAGGACAGAGAAACAGCUGUAGAAGACCUUGAUGAGGUAGAAGGAUUAGAUGUUGCUGUUCAUAAAAGGACAUCGACACAUAAAAAGACAAAGGGAGACAAUUCUGUUAAAAGUUUGAAAAGAGAUAAGGAUUCUUCAAAUGGCAAGAUAGAUUUUGGAGGAAGACAGUCAAAAGAGUCAGACAUUCCUUAUAUAAUUCAAGCUCCCAAUACCUUUGAAGAAUUAUGUUCACUGGUAGAUAAAUGCUCAAAUUCCAACAUUAUUUUGAUUAUCAAUAGGAUCCGGAAAAGUAAUCCCAUCACACUUGCUGCAGAAAAUCGAAAGAAAAUGCAAGUAUUCUAUGGAAUAUUGUUGCAAUUUUUUGCUGUUCUGGCAAAUAAGAAACCAUUGAAUGUUGAGUUACUCAAUCUGCUGGUAAAACCAUUGAUGGAGAUGAGUAUGGAAAUCCCGUACUUUGCUGCAAUAUGUGCUCGCCGCAGAAUAGAAAGUACUAGGAAGCAAUUCAUUGAGAGUAUCAAGAAAUCAGAAAAUAGCGCUUGGCCUUCUUCAAAAACAUUGUGCCUCUUGCGUUUGUGGUCCAUGAUAUUUCCAUGCUCUGACUUUAGGCAUCCAGUUAUGACCCCUGUGAUAUUGUUGAUGUGUGAAUAUCUGAUGCAUUGCCCUAUCAUAUCUGGUCGGGAUAUUGCCAUCGGCUCUUUCUUAUGUUCUAUGCUUCUCUCAGUAUUUAGACAGUCUAGAAAAUUCUGUCCCGAAGCAAUAAUGUUUCUUCGAACUUCUCUGUUGGCCACCAUUGAAAGUAAACAUAUUUCAGAUGAAGAUUCCCAGUUAUAUCAUCUUAUGGAACUGAAAGCUCUCAAGCCUCUUCUUUGCAUACAUGAGACAGUGAAUGAGAUUAGCCCUCUGAAUUUCUUCGACAUAAUAGACAUGCCAGAACACUCCUCUUUCUUCACUUCUGAUGGUUUCAGGGCUAGUGUAUUAGCUGUAGUUGUUGAAACUCUGAAAGGAUAUGUUAAAGUCUUUGAAGGCUUAAGUUCAUUUCCUGAAAUAUUCUUACCAAUUUUGAGAUUAUUAAAUGAGAUAGAAGAACAGAAAAAUAUGCCAAAUGCAUUACGAGAUAAAAUUAAAGAUGUGGCUGAGCUUAUUAAAUUGAAAGUGGAUGAACAUCACACUUUGAGGCGACCACUUCAAAUGCGGAAACAAAAGCCAGUACCAAUCAAACUACUGAAUCCCAAGUUUGAGGAAAACUAUGUCAAGGGUAGAGAUUAUGAUCCUGAUCGUGAACGAGCUGAAAUGAGAAAAUUGAAGAAGCAGUUGAAGCGUGAAGCUAAAGGGGCUGCACGAGAAUUGCGCAAAGACAAUUACUUCUUGCUUGACGUGAAGGAAAAAGAGAAGUCUUUACAGAAAAAAGAUAGAGCAGAGAAGUAUGGAAGAGCUAAAGCUUUUCUUCAAGAGCAAGAGAAUGCCUUCAAAUCUGGACAACUUGGUAAAGGGAGGAAAAGGAGGAGAUAA